CCCCAAAACUUAUCAAUAUUAUAAAAAUACCCAAUUUAAAAAACUAGGUCAAUUUUUCAGCCUCUCUCUUCCGUCGUCCGUCUUCUUCUUCGUCUUUCAUCGAUCGUGACGAAGAUCUCAGCCGCCGGUACUCCCAGCAGCUGAUCGCAGCUGUCGGUGGAAGUGGUUUGUUACAAGCUACUUGCAAUUUUCAACCAUGCUUUUAGGCAAAAAAUUGAUUGGUAAAACCCAUUAUGACAUUCUAGGUGUGAGGGAAGAUGCAAACUAUGAAGAAAUCCGUACAAGCUAUCGGUCCGCCAUCCUCGAUUCCCAUCCAGAUAAAUUGCAAAAGACAUCCGAGACUUCCUUUCCCAACCAUGAGUCGGGAAAUAGAUUUCUAGAGGUGCAGAGGGCUUGGGAAAUCCUCAGCAACUCAAAGUCGCGCGUGGCUUAUGAUAGUGAGUUACAAGCAUCAUGGCAUGAUUUUGUAGCUGCAGAAGAUGUUGGCUUAGAGGAUUUGAUGGUUGAAAAUACUGGUGAAUUUUUGGAGCUCUUUUACCAGUGUCGAUGUGGUGACUACUUCUCCAUUGAUUCUUCUGAGUUGGAGGAGAUGGGGUAUCAAUUGUUGAGGGAUGGGAGUAAGAUCUCUUUACAUAUAUCAGAUGCUACUUUGCCUUCAUCAAUUAUUCUUUCUUGUGGUUCUUGCUCUCUACAAGUCCGUUUGUUGAUUAAUGCAGAUAUUAAGCUUCAAACCAACAAUCAUCUGUAAUAUAGGAUAUAGGUUUUGCUUAAUUUAUUUUGGCUGAUGAUCGUUUCUUAUCAAUGAUCUAACAGUCUAUUUUUUGUUGUCUCUUUUCAAAUGGCAGAGUAGGUGUUUUGAGGCUGUCUUUCAGUUUGGGAAAAACAUCCAAAAACUGGAAAUGCAUUGGUGCUGAUAUUUUGCCAAAAUUUUUAGUAUUUGGCUGUCUAUACGGGUUUUGAUGUAGGCAAUUCUGUGGGUUGUUUCUUUAAGAAUAUUGUUUGUUAUUUGUUCACGUAUAUAGACACAGAUCAGUGUAAUGAUUAUUCUUUCUUCUUCUUCUUCCUUUUUAUUUUUUUUUUCUUCCUUUUUUUCUAAUGAAUUUGGUUUUAGUUUGGGGCUGCCUUUUUUUCACAAGGUGAGACCUACCCAUUUGAGAUUGCGUGUUGUGGAUCCUUCUAAAUUGUGGAUUAGAAAUAAUUGUCUACAUUUGGACCGGCUAAGAGAACAUCAGAAAACAAUAAAGAUAUGAAUCAACAUUAGAUAAAAAUGUCCUGAAAUGAAAAAAACGAUUGAACCGUUAACCAGUCUGGACUGAAUCAAUUUGUAUAAUUUGAUAUGGUUUUGUGAAUGAUAGGUUUUUAAAAGUGGCAACCGUAGGCCACGCUUCAUGUAUGCAAUGGUUUUAGUACUUAAGAGUGUAGUGAUAUUGUUGCAGUUUUCCUAGAAUGUAUACCAAACAACCAUUUUGUUA